UAUCUGCGAUAUAGGUGUUUGGACGGAAGUACGACUUAGACCUAGUUUUCGUUCAAGAAAUGUCUGAAAAUAUAAAUUAUACCGUAGGGUAAGCGGAUAAGCCUCACUAGUAAUCUUAUCAGAGAACUCACUAGUCCUAGUAAGUGAUACGCAUGGUCCAGCUCCUGCCUAGCUCUCACAUGCUUCUCCGAACCAAGGCUAGACCUUCAAGUAGGUCUUAUCAUCCAAUCAUUUAUUAGCGGGGCAGUUUACCAGGACUACGGCGUGGUACUGUAUUUCAAGAAAUGAUGUCAAAUGAUGAAACAGACGUUUCUCCUGAACUUGAGGUGCAGACAACUCCGAGUGGUAAUAAUGUAAAGUGGCAUCAAGGACUUGUAUCUGUGGAAGGAAAUAACAACAUUGUUGUCAUUAAUAGUCAGGAUAUUAAUGUUGGACUACAGAAAAGACAUGGCAGUGAUGAAGCUAAAGAACAAGUAAAAAAAAAAGAUAUCCGGAGGAGGUUGUUAAAUUUCGCUUUAAACUAUGAUGAAAAUUGCGAUAACUUAAGUGAUGAACAAACCGAAUUGCUACUGCAGAGACUCUCAGACUUGGAAUCUGUGUUUAGAAAGCUUGGCCCUAAUCUACGAUCAAUAUCAUGUGGAUCAUUGAACUUCUGUCUGUCAGUGCAUGACUCAUAUGCAUUGAAAAAUCUUAUGGAAAGCCACAAGAAUGGUAGACUUCUCCGAGAGCUAGCAAAGAUCUUAGUCACAGAAAGUGAGGUAGAGGAAUUUUGUCAGUCUUGGUCAACACAUAUUGAUGAGCAGAUGUAUGAAACAGUUUUAUGUAAAUUAAAGACAUUUGAGCUCUCCAGCAAGAACAUGAUGGCUGAGUGGAAUAGGAGCCAGGUAAGAGAAUGGCUUUCUGUAGACCUUCGUCUGAAAGAUGACAUUGUGAACAAGUUCUAUGAAGAAGAGGUCAUUGGAAAAAAUCUGCUUUUUUAUGAAGAUGAUGAGAUUGCAAAAGACUUCAACCUAAAAAAGUCUGCUUUUCGCAUGAUCCAAUAUGGACUGGAAAAAAAAAGAAGUGACACACUGAAAGUUUCUAAUGCUGUAUUGAAACCUGUAACAGAUAACUGUAGCAUAGAAAUGGUUUUUGAGUUGUUGUUGCAAGUAGGAGUAACUCCAAUCCAUGCAGAAAAGUUUAAAAACAUGGAGAUAUCAGGAUUUCGAUUUAUGCGAUAUCGAGCAGAGCACUUUAAAGAAGACUUACAUCUCACAACUGGACCACUUCGGUUGGUUUUACAUUUGCAGACAUUAUCACAAAAUGCCCAGAAGUCCUCCACCGAUGCCAAAACUAUUGGGAUGAGUGUUACGUCAACACCAUCAGAAGACAUACAUUUAGACAAGAAACCCUUAGAAUUGGUUGAAAGCUCAUUUACUCUAGCUUCAAAAAGACAACCUUUAAUAUCAUCUACAGCAUCUUCUACCAAUUCUCCACAGUCACCCACAGCACAAUUAUUGACAGAUGAUUUGGAGAAAGAUGGAGAAGUGGUUUGUGAUAUAGGCACAAAAAAAAAGAAAUCAAAAAAGAAAAAGAAAAAAAUUAAACCAGCUGUGGCUUGUCCAAGUACUUCAACUUUUUCUGAAGCUGAACAAAGAGUACGAGAACUGUUACUUGGAACAUCGCAAUUGAAUGUAACAUUUGAUACAGUGUAUGAUGCGAUUCUUGUAGUGAAUGAUCCUGAUGAAGAGCUUCGAAAGGAUCUAGAUGAGUCAUUCGAUUUCAUCUCAAAAGUUAGAUGGAAGGGUGUUUUUGAUUUUGAUGCUUUUUCUAAUGAAAGUGGAAUUUGUAAAGUUGUGAGAUCGAAAAGAAGUAUCAAAAUGUACUUCCCAAAAGAUGUAUCUAAUGUUAAGUUACCAUCUGAAAUUAGUUACUCUGAAAUGCCUGUUUGGAUUUUCAGUAAUGGACGCACAGACAGUGAUAUUGAGGCUAUGGAUAGAAUGACUUGGAUUGAGAAACGAAGUCAUGAUAUGGAUAAUGCUAUAGAAUUUUUUUCUAAUGUCAGUGUUGUUCGACAAGGAACAGGUCUUAUUAUUUUAAUUUUGCUGUCUGCCAACAUUGAAGUACUGAGUGAAGCAUUUCGUAAGUUCUAUACUAAUUUUGGAAUCAAUCGUGUCGUCUUUAUUUGUGAAAGCACACAGGUGUUUGAAACGUGGUGUAAAUUGGUUUCAUGGUACUGCAAACCAGAAGCACUACCAGAUAGAGCCAUCAUAGGUGUUCCUUGGAAAUCUCUGAAUGAUAUAAUAAUGCGCAUGCAAGGUGUGAAUGUAAAAUCAAACUACACUUUGCCCACUGUUAAUGGAAGUGAAUGUCAGUUGUGGGAGAGAGAUAAAUCUAGGUGGCUUGAUUUAUCAGUGGUUACAUACAAUGAAUGUGAAAAUACAGACAUGGAUGAAAACCAUCCAGAUUUUGUAAACUUCUGUAGAGAAAAGGAGUUAGAAUUCUACAGAGGUGAAAAACUGACUUUCUGGAACUUCAAAUUAACUGAUAUGGGGUAUGAUCAUGUAUGUCAAAGAGAUAUUAAAAAAGAAAUAAUAAAAGCCGUUGAACAUACUGUUCAUGAAGCAAAAUCUCUCCAUCAUUCUGUUAUCCAAUGGAUUCACCUGUACCAUCAACCUGGUGCAGGUGGGAGCACAGUUGUAAGGCAUGUUCUAUGGGAGUUCCGCAGAAAAUACAGAUGUGUUAUUCUGAACAAAAUCACUGACCAGACCGAAUCUCAAAUUAAGGAUAUGUGGCAAUAUGGAGAAGGUGAUGGAAAGGACUUCAGGCAAUGUCUACCCCUUGUAAUUGUUAGUGAUAACCUUCGCUAUGAGGAUUUGACCGAUAUGGUUAUAUCACUGGAGUACAAUACAAAAUAUAUUCCUGCCCGUGCCUGUAUUAUCUUGAAUUGCAGAAGAAAUUUAUCCCAAAUGGAAAUGAAAAAAGAGGUACCAGUAUCCCACUCCCACUUUAUUUUGGAACAUUCAUUAAGUAGAAAUGAGAAAGCGUGGUUUCAACAUAAGCAUGAGCAGCUGGAAGAGAGGAAAGACAGGGAUUUUACACCAGACCGCCUUCUUGCUUUUAUGGUGAUGAAAGAGGAAUUUCAAUCAUCAUAUGUAAAGAAGGUUGUUGAUAGAGUUCUUAUUGAUCUUAAAAAGGAACAUCCAAAUGAAUUUGAGCUAGUCAAAUAUUGUGCAUUGUUCAGCAAGUUUGAGCGCGACUCUGCCAUUCCUAUUCCUUGUUGUGAUGAAUUAAUGGGCUAUUCCUUUUCUGUGCCAAAGGGUAGAAAUUGCCCAUGGGAGUAUAACAGGUCGGAGGGUAGCUCCAUCCUGAUGGUUACUGUUGAUAUCUAUGAGGUAGGAAGUGUACAAGGAUUUAAGAUUGUUCAUCCAACAGUAGCUGAUUUCAUCUUAAAGAAUAUUACAACUUCAGAACCCCUCAACCUUGUGGUGAAAAUGUAUCUCAAAUCAGUUUUACUAAAUUCAAAAUCGCGAAGUCGAGAGUAUCUUAUCGCACGGACACAUGACCUUCUCAUCAAGAGAAAUCGAAAAGGAUAUGAUUCAGCUGAUAAACAGAAAUUUUCAGCCCUCAUAUUAGAAAUAAAGAGUGUUGACAAACAAGCUGCUUGUAAAGUUCUCACUUUAGGCUUCCAAGUUCUACAAGAUUCUAGAAUUGCUCAGCAAAUUGCCAGAUACUACAAUCUUGCAAUUGAGGAUUUUCCCAUGGCAUUAGAAUUCAUAGAGAAAGCUAUUGACAUGAAGAAAGACAACUCUUUUUACUGGGACACCAAGGGACAGAUCUACAGAAAAGAGAUAAUUAAGUCAUUUUAUCACACAUAUGUAGUGGAAGAUAAGAUACUAAGCUUUAAGAGUAGCUUUGAACUUCUAAAGUUGGCUUUCAGUGGUAUUGAGACUUUUCAGAUGUCUCAAAGACUAAGUCUUGUUGACCGAAAAGAUAACACUUCCAGUUUCUCUGGUGAAGUUGAUAUGACUUUUAAGCUGUUGGAUGUCCUGACAUGCCUUGACGUCUUUAAGUGUUCUAGUGAUGGACGUAAGAUGCUGCAACGCUACUUGAUUGAUCAACAUUUUCUGCCAGAUGAGUUAGUAGAGUGGACCGAUUACCAUCAGAAAAUGAAAAGUUUGAUGAGAAAUGUUCAUGGUGCUAUUGAUGCCAUGACAAAUUUCCUUACCUUUCAGAAAGAGUGGUCUAAUUACACACUAAUUGAUGAUUCAACUUUAAAAGAUUUGAAAGUGAAAAUCAGAUUAUAUCUAGUUAUGUGGGAGAAUCACUUUGGAUCUAUUGACAUUCAAGAUGUGAACAUGUUUGGCGCUGAAACGGCUAAUGAUUUACGCCGAAUAAAAGCAAGAAAGCUUGGAGCACAUUCUUUGGCAAAGAUCUUUGAUAAAGCAGUAGAGGAUGACAUAGGUAGUUUGAUGAAAAUCAGAAAGUUACUACUGAAGAAUGAGCCAUAUAAUGCAUAUGACAUGAAAUAUAUAAUUCUUGCAAACCUAGCUCUGUCAGUUUCACCAAACAGAAAUAAACAACAGUAUGACUUACCACCUAUGAAAGAUAUGAUCAAUUUGGCUAAGGAAUUUGAUCAAUGUGACAGAAAAGAGAAGGAUUUCAGUCUGUAUCCACCUUUGUUUCUUCUGAUGUUGUUAUGGCCACGGGGACAGCCACUUCAAGAGUACGAUAAUAAAUUGAUGAAGAAAUCUUUAAAAGAGAUUAGCGUUCGUUGGCGUGAGUCCCAAAAGCAAAACUGGGUGGAUGAAAAUUAUUCCUCGCAACAUGCACUUUAUGUACGUCAUUCAAAAAGCCAGCGCAGCCGCAGUAAACCAGUGGUACAUUUUUUUCUUGGAAGUGGAAAAGGACUUAAAGCAUUGGUUCAUUAUAGCAGAAUAACUUCAAAUGCAAAAAGGCUUGAGAGAGACAGAGAGCAAAUAUGGGAGACACCAGUGGUUCGAGAAAACUUACUGAAAGUUGAAGGAAUGUUAUCAGAUAAUAAUACAAUAAUAUAUAAACAUAAGUAUACUGAUGAGCCUAUUAAAAUUUUUCUUGCCUCUUCAAGUGGAACGCUUACCAGCCGAGAAGAGGUUGUCUUCUACAUUGGAUUUAGCUGGGGAGGUCCGGUUGCAUAUUACGUGAAACCUAAAAAUAUGUCAGAGGUGACAGAAUCAGCUGUUGUCAAGAGCCUAGGUGGCUGGAAUUCAUCUCCUCCUGCCAUGAGGGCAGUCAGGAAAUCUGUGCCGGUCAUAAGUGUACCUGAAUAUCAAAAGAAGCUUACGAAUCUUAAAAAGAAAUUGAGUGAAAUUAACGACUUAAAGGAGAAAGUUCGCCGUGGAAAUACACUUGAAAAGAACCAGCAAAUGAAAGUGAAUAGAGAAGAUGAACUUAGGCGACAGCAAAAAGAAUUAGAGGAUGAGUUUAAGAUGCAGCUUGAAAUGGAAACAACUUUGGGAGAGUGAUUAGUACUGGUACUAAGAUUGCUUGGUGCCAUUGAUUUCGACCUUUGUAACGUUAUUUCUACUACGCAACUUGUUUAAAUGUUGAGUACAGGUUCUUAUCAUUCAAUGAAGACAUUGUACUGUAGUAUAAGCUCUGUAUAAUUUUCAAGAAUUUUGCAGAAAAUAAAUGUUUAGCUUUAUUGUUAGACUGGAAGCAAGUAAUAAUAGACUGAUUAACUAUGUAGUGGUUACCUGAAUCUCAGUGUGGAGAUCCAUUCUUCAUUUUUGUUUUUUAUUUUUGUUUUAAAUUUAUGUAAAUUGCUUCGUGCAAAUUGUAUUUUGUGUUUGAAUUUUGCUUUAAUAUUUCAGUUGUUGACUUCUAUUUGCUAUGCAAAACGUUCACAUAUAGCAAUUAUAAUAUUUUUUUAAAGAAUAAAAUAAUAUACUGUAUAUCAAUAAUUUAUUGAUAAGUUUAGUGUACACUAAACUAAAGCCCUGUCCAGCUUGUCAAAUUUUAUUUGACAAAUAACUGUUGUAUGCCCAUAUAGUCAUGAUGUGCCUAUAUGUGAUCAUGAUAUAAUGUCAUUGUGUAAAGAUAUUUAGGAAUGUCACAUGUUUUUGUCAAAUAAAAUUUGAUAGUCUGGAUAGGGCUUAAGAAUGAAUAUAGUUGCAAUUUCUCUUGUUUCUGUACAACUUUAUGAUUUAUUGCAAGAACAAAUUGACUUUAUCAUGAUCGUAUAAACUAAUUUGUAUUCUGAUGAAAUUGCAGGCUAUAAGAUAAUAAUAUUGCAUUAUUGGGAUUUCACAAGGAUCUUAAUGAACUCUUUUUGUGGUAAAAUCUCUGCCAUAAAACAAAUAAAGUAUAGGCAAAACUUAAAGCAUGCAUUUUAAAGGCAAAGUUCCCUUUACUAUAUCCCCUCCCUUUCUUCCUUUGAACCCUAUAGCACCAAUUACUUUUAGACUUUUGUUUUUACGAACUGUAAACAUUGUUAUAUAUAGAAUACAAUGGUCCUUUAAACAAUAUUAUUGAAUAUAGUGGUCGUAAUUGUUUUCAAAAAUUCUAGCAUGUUUAAUAUGAAAGACCCUGUCCCAGACAUGUUUUGUUCUUGUGUUUAUACAUUUAUAAAGGUGUAAUUAUAUCUGUAUUGUCUAGAUUAAUAGACAUCUAUUGACACAAGUAUGUACAAAAACUCAAUUAAAGAAUUAAAAAAAAAAUUAUACAGCCUUACUUUAGAAGAAUUUAUCAUCAUUUGACUUUAGUGUCUCUUUAUUUAGUGGAAAGUUGUGUUUAAUUUGCAUACAUGUGUGCAUCUAUCUGUUAAUAUCUAUAUUAAGCUAGAAAGAAAUGUGUCACACUGAUUAUGAGAAAGGUUCUUCUAAAAACAUGUCUGUUAUGUAUUAGUGGUCAUUUUGUCUUGUUUUUAGUAGCAUUGCGUUGUGGACAGACAAGAGUAUUGGCACUGGUUUACUUGGUAGCUCAGACAUGAAGUGACCCUUAAGGGAGAGGGAAGUUCCUGUACAUGCUAAUCCAUGUCUUGAGUGCUUUAAUACUUUGGUAUAAAGCGCUAUAUAAAUCCAACUACUGUACAUUACAUAUUAUUUAAUUGCUGACCCAUGUUGGUCCUACUUUGUGGGCCAUUGUUUCUAGUCUUGCCUAGUCAGUUUUGUUCGUAAUUUUGUAUUACUUCAUUUUCAAUACCUUGUUUAGCGAAAUAAUAUUUUUUUAAAGUUUGUCAGAGGGCGGGAAAAAAAAUAAAAUUAAAAUUGUGUUUUCUUAUUUAGCAAAAUGAUUAUUCCAAAAGCAUCUAGGUAGAGAAAAUACCAAAUUUUAUUAAUGAAUGUAAACUGUGUAGUAAUGAGAUUGAUGAAUGCUUUAAAAUUAUAUAAUUAAGGAAGAAAUAUAUGUAUAUCAGGAUUUCAGGGGAGCGAAGAGCGUAAUAAAAUUUUUUUUUUUCUGCAAUUUCUAUUUAUUGUGGCGGAUGAAGUGCUAACUAGCCAAAGAUAAAAUUUCAUUUUUAUCUGAAAUCACCAUUAUUGGGCUUCAGAGGGUUCACUAAGGUGAGACUUAUUUAUAAUUUGUUUAGCGAACCCGCUGACUGAAAAUAUUGAUGAUUUUGAAUAAAAAUAAAAUUUUAUUUUUGGCCAAUUAGCGCACCCGCCGCCACAGAAAAGUUGUA